AUUGACCGUCUAUCAGUAAUUUGGUUCGGCAUUCGGAUCGUUGUUUGUUUACACUUUCCUUCUCCCAUUGACUAAUGACUAGGUACUAAACCGCGGCCAUUUGCUUUGAAGUUUGAAUGUUGAGAGUUUUAUGUUUAGACUUAGUGGAUUAGAUCCAGCUAUUAUAUUUUUAGUUUAAAACAUACCUGCUUACUUAAAAAAUGGAUUUGAAGUUUCAAGACAUACGUGCAGAAACUAAACCGGUCGUGAAACCAAAUUAUGCACUGAAAUUUACAUUGGCUGGCCAUACAAAAGCUGUUUCUUCAGUAAAGUUUAGCCCAAAUGGAGAAUGGCUUGCUAGUUCAUCUGCUGAUAAAUUGAUUAAGAUUUGGGGAGCCUAUGAUGGAAAAUUUGAAAAAACCAUAUCUGGUCACAAAUUAGGAAUUAGUGAUGUUAGUUGGUCCUCAGAUAGUCGACUAUUGGUAUCAGCUUCAGAUGACAAAACACUAAAAGUGUGGGAAUUAAGUUCGGGAAAAUGUAUCAAGACACUUAAAGGCCACAGCAACUAUGUAUUUUGUUGUAAUUUUAAUCCACAAUCAAAUCUUAUUGCUUCAGGAUCUUUUGAUGAAAGUGUUCGAAUUUGGGAAGUCAAAAGUGGUAAAUGCCUUAGAACAUUACCUGCACAUUCAGAUCCUGUUAGCGCAAUUCAUUUUAACAGAGAUGGUUCCUUAGUUGUUUCCAGUAGCUAUGAUGGUCUAUGCCGUAUUUGGGAUACUGCCAGUGGCCAAUGUCUAAAGACAUUAAUUGAUGAUGACAAUCCUCCUGUGUCAUUUGUGAAAUUUUCACCGAAUGGCAAAUAUAUUUUAGCAGCCACUUUAGAUAAUACUUUAAAAUUGUGGGAUUACACUAAAGGCAAAUGUUUAAAAACUUAUGUUGGCCACAAAAAUGAAAAAUAUUGUAUAUUUGCCAACUUUUCAGUAACCGGAGGAAAGUGGAUUGUAUCGGGAUCCGAGGACAAUAUGGUAUACAUAUGGAAUCUACAAUCAAAAGAAAUUGUACAGAAACUCCAAGGGCACACUGAUGUGGUUUUAUGUACAUCGUGUCACCCCACAGCUAAUAUCAUAGCAUCAGCUGCAUUAGAAAAUGACAAAACGAUAAAAUUAUGGAAAAGUGAUACUUGACUACACAUUUAACGAGAUUAUCGUUUUACAAUAUUUUCCUUUUUGCAGUAUAAGCAUUAAUAAACACAUUUUUUAUUCAAACACUUCCAAGACCAGUUAUAUAAAAUAAUAAUAUUUAUUUUUUAAGUUUUAUUUCUUUAAAUAUUGAGUGAUAAAGCAAAAAUGUUUUUUUUACAAAUCAUGAUUACAAUACAAUUAUUAUUUUUAAUGUUAGUCAAAACCAUGUAAAAUGUAUCAUAUGUAUAGAAUAAGAUCUCAUAGAAAUAUAAUAAUAAUAACAAAAUAGUUAACUAUUUUAAAUGCAUUGUUUCUCAUUAUGACAAUUAAUUUGUGAAUAAAUAAAGAAUGUAUUUUCUCAUUUA